UUUGUAAGUUAUUUUUAGAAAAAUACAUAAAUGUUAAAUGUCAUUCCCUUUUUUACUUGUAGGAUGCUACCCUGAAUGUCCGGAGGAUAAACCAAUUUUUGAUGAGUCAAGCCAAGAAUGUGUUAAAUCAUGUCAAUCCACUACGACGACCACAACAGCUACUACACCCAGAGAAACUCCUACAACUACACCGUUUACUUCUACACCCACAGAAACGCCUACUACAACACCUACUACUGUUACUUCAACAACACAGUUUACUUCUCCAACUACAGAGACCCCUACCACAAUACCAACCACUACAACAACUACUACCACUACAUCUACAGAAACCCCUACCACAACACAUACAACAACAAUAACAACAACAGAAACUCCCACCCCACCUACUACCACAACGCCUACCACUACUACAACUACUACAACCACAGAAACUCCUACCACAACACCUGCUACUACAACUACUAAAACCACAGAAACCCCUUCCACUACCACUACAACUACUACCACUACAACUACUACAACUACAACUACUACAACUACAACUACAACUACAACUACUACCACAACACCUAAUACAACUACUCCCCCAUGUAUUAGCCAAUGCCAAUGGUCAGACUGGUACAAUAUACACAAUCCCGAAUUAGACAAAAAUGAUUGGGAAACAUAUGAAAACAUUACAAAAAAAAAUUCUUCAUUUUGUAAAAACCCCAAAGAAAUUGAUUGUAGGUCCUUUGAUUUUCCAGAGAAAACUCUAGACCAGUUUUUGAUUGGCACUAAACAAGUUGUCACAUGUGAUGUGAAAUAUGGCUUAAUAUGCAAAAAAGAAGACCAGAAAAUUCCAAAAAAAUGUUUUGACUACAAGAUUAGAGUAUGCUGUCCAGUAACAUGUGUGCCUACAACUCCAUAUACUAGUACCACUACAAGUACAGAAACCACUACCACAACACCUACCCCUACUACACCUACCACAACCCCAGAAACUCCUACCACAACAUCUACAACCACUACAACUACAACUACUACAGAAACCCCAACCACAAAACCUACUACCACUACAACUACAGAAACACCUACCACAACACCUACUACUACGACUACUACAACUACAGAAACCCCUUCCACUACCACUACAACUACUACAACCACAGAAACUCCUACAACACCUACCACAACUACAACUACUACUACAACUACUACAGAAACACCUACCACAUCACCUACUACUACUACAACUACUUACUACCUCAACAACAGUAACUCCUACCACAGCACCUACCAGUACUACAACUACUACAACCACAGAAUCUCCAAGUACAACUCAUACUACGACAAUUUCAGUUCCCACGACUACUUUUCCAUCUACCUUGGCAACAAGCAGUCAAAGUUCAACUUUCAAGAUAAUUACCGGUCCCACACAAACACCGAUUACCCAUGUUACCAAUCCUGUGCAUCAGAAUACUACAACAAAAGCUACCACUAUAACUACAACAACCACAGAAACCCCCACAACACCUACCACUACUACAUUUACUACCACUACAACUACAGAAACCCCUACAACAACACCUACUACAACAGCCACAGAAACCACUACAACCACACCUACUACUACACCUUCAACCACUACCACAACAUCUACAACCACUACAACAACUACUACAACUACAGAAACCCCACCCACAACACCUCCUACUACGACUACUACAACUACAGAAACCUCUACCACUACAACUACUACCGCUACAACUACUACAACCACAGAAACCCCCACAACACCUACCACUACUACAACUACUACCACUACAACUACAGAAAUCUCUACGACAACACCUACUACAACAGCCACAGAAACCACUACAAUCACACCUACUACUAUACCUUCAACCACUACUACUACCACCACAACAACAGAAAAAACCCCUACAACACCUACUACUACACCUUCAACCACUACUACUACAACUAUCACAACCACAGAAACCCCUACCACAACACCUACUACUACUACUACAACCACAGAAACUCCUACCACAACACCUACUACUGCUACGACCACUACAACCACAGAAACCCCUACCACUACAACUACUACCACUACAACUACUACAACCACAGAAACCCCUACAACACCUACCACUACCACAACUACUACCACUACCACUACAGAAACCCCUAG